AUGGACCGAGACACUCCUCGCCCUCAUCCAUAUCCCCAAGCCCCUCCACCACCUCACCCACCUCCUCCCCCUCCCCCUCCAUACGCGCCCACCCCAGGCGACCAGAUCAACCAGCUCUACGAAGAGCUCAUGCUCAUCCACUCCUCCGUUUCCACCGUCUACGAGAACAUGGUCGCCCUCGACACGGCCCUCGAGUAUCAGGGACGGCACGAGGUCAUCCUCUCCGUGGCCCGCCAGACGGCAACCGUCACCAUGAGCAUCAUUCAGAGCAUAUAUCCCAUCGGCCAGACACAUAGUACGAUCAUUCGACCUGACAUCCCUCGACGGAGAGGCGGGAAUUGGAGGUUCUAUGUCUUGCUGAAAUUGUAUUUCCAAAGUACA